GUUACAGCUGGCUGGACGUGCGCUCACCGCUCAUCUGUCGCGGCUCUAAUUGAGUUCUGUGAGUUUCUCGGUCACCGUAAUAUAGAUUGUACAACAUUUCCACCGCUGGGUUAAACUUGUGCUUGUGAAAAAAGGAAUAUGUUCUGCUUUUGAAGCUAAUUUCUCUAAGCAUCAUCACUUUUUUUGCUCCCCAGCCGGUUUGAAUAGCGGUCUAUGAUUGUGACCUGAUGGACUAAACUCUUAUAUUUGUACCCAGUGCUCCGGUGAACGGCUGGCAUCAUCCCGCAGCAGGACUUUAACGGCAAAAUGAUGAACAGAAACGGAAUGGUCACAAAAAUCCGCACUCGGAUAAGGAGCGAUCCCUUCAAGAACAACUAUGACCUGGUCGGCAGAGAGCUUGGCAGGGGCAAAUUCGCAGUGGUGAAGAAGUGUGUGGAGAAAACUACCGGCAGGGAGCACGCAGCGAAGUUCCUGCGAAAAAGGAGGAAGGGUCAGGACUGCCGAGGUGACAUCCUCAAUGAAAUCGCGGUUCUGGAGUCGGCAGAGGCUAAUCCUUACGUGGUGGGACUACAUGAGGUUUACGAGACCACCUCGGAGAUCAUCCUCGUCCUGGAGUGUGCUGCUGGAGGUGAAAUUUUCAAUCAGUGUGUUGCCGAUAAUGACGAGGCCUUCACAGAGAAAGACGUCAUCCGAUUGGCUAGGCAGAUCCUGAUGGGCGUGUCCUGCCUCCAUCAAAACAACAUAGUUCAUUUAGACCUGAAGCCUCAGAACAUCCUGUUGACAAGUGCUCAGCCGCUGGGUGACAUCCGUAUCGUGGAUUUCGGCUUAUCUCGGCGGGUGGACAGCGUGUCAGAGGUUCGGGAGAUCCUGGGCACUCCUGAAUAUGUGGCUCCUGAGAUCCUGGACUAUGAGCCCAUCAGCACAGCUACUGACAUGUGGAGUAUUGGGGUACUGACUUACGUGAUGCUGACAGGCGAAUCUCCUUUUCUGGGAGAAGAAAAGCAGGAGACCUUCCUGAACAUCUCGCAGGUGAACGUGGACUAUUCACAGGAUGUCUUCCAGGGCGUCUCUGACCUCGCAGUGAACUUCAUCCAGUCCCUACUCAUCAAAAACCCCAGAAAGCGCUCAACAGUGGAGCAGUGUUUAAAUCACUCCUGGUUAAGACUGGACUCUCUCCACCACACAGUAGACGCUCGUCUCGAAGAGCAGGAAGCCAGUCAGUCCGAAUCAGAGCCCGAAAGCCCCGUCCCGUCCCCAGAACUGCUCAUCCUGCCUUCAUAUCCAACCUUCCCCGGUCAGGGGGAGUUAAAAACAGGCCGGGACACUUUCAGCUUCACAGAACCCUUCUCGCCUCAUCCCGAAAUACAACAAGAGCUCAUCUAUUAAUCACAGAAUCUGAGGAACAGAAAAUAAACUCAAAUGGUCUAGUUUAAACUGGACAUCAUCAUCAGAUUGUGUGGGGUGUGUAGCCGUCCAGAUUUAUGAAUGUGAUGACCACAGAAAGUGUGCGUGUCUAAAACAGACCUAAGAUUUCAUCUCUUAAAGGGACGGUUCACCCAAAAAUGAAUUAUUUAUGAUUUCCUCUCCCUCAAGUGAUUUAUGAAGUGAUUUCUCCUGUUGAACACAAAAGAAGAUAUUUUGAAAAAUGAUAACCCUGUAACCAUUGACCUACAUAGUGGGAAAAACUAAUUUUAUAAAAGUCAGUUUGAAAAAUGAUAAAGAUCUGUAACUUCCAUAGUAGGAAAAACAAAUUCUAUGGAAGUCAAUGGUUGCAGAUUUGUAGCAUUUUUCAAACUAUCUUGUUUUGUGUUCAACUGAAGAUAAGUGACGGAUGAGUUUAAGAAGUGCCAUUUUGGGUGAACUGUCCCUUUAAAUAAAGCUCUUGUUCGAGGUUGCCAACUCUUUGGAUCGCAGUAAUGUACUGUUUCUGGUUUUAAAGUGGAUCACACCUUCUCUGCUGUCUGAACACGCUCCAAAAAUCAAGUCGGAGUCUCCUCUGGAAGUGCCUGCUGCAUCCGAGGAAGGAAACCAACGCUCUGUUUUAUUUCUCCUCAUCGCUCUUCGUUUGAACUGUCGUGCUAUGAUAUGCAAUGAAGAAUCGAUGCUGCUUCCUUCCUCUGGACUGUAGAUUGGACAUCUUCAUUCUGAUUCUUUUCAAACAGAUUCACAGACUACUUUCGUUCUAGCACUUUUGGUGGGGAAAAAUUAUAUUAAAAUCUCCCAACAAGCACAGGUUAAUUCGUACAGCCAUUGUGUGUUUGGUUUCUCACACCACUUGUUGUAUUCAUUCUGGUUCUUAUUCAUAAUGAGUUUGCUAUAAUUGCACAAAUGUCCCGUGUUUUUGUGUUUUGGUAGGGCAUUGUUUGUUUUUGCCUUUAUUUGUUUUAAUAUCUUCGGUGUAUUAUUUUUUUAUGUCUGGAAGGGCAUCGAGGAGGGAAAUUUUCUAAGUUGUCAGUAAUAUUUUGGGUUUUCACCUGAGGGCUGACCAGGAGAGUUUCGGACUGUUGUGGGAGAGAUGUGUUUGCUUUUUCAGAAGAACAGAGCAUAUAAAAAAAUAAGAAAAGGCUUUGAUUUAUUGUAUAGUUUUUAUUUUAAAGAAAGGAAUGUAAAAAAAAAAAGGUAUUUUUCUACUGUUGUGCUAUUUUAUGAUUAUUAUGAGAAAAUAAAUUGUAAUAUUAAUUUAGAUCUUUGUUUUCUUUUUUGUUUUUUAACCAGCUGUGCUUAUAAAAAGUUUGCACUUGUGUCCAGUCGGACUACUUAUAUGUAUUAUUAUUGGCAUGCCUGGCAAGAUACUGAAGAAAAUAAAUGAUCAUUUUUGUAUUAAA